AUGUUGACAUCUUGGGUGAAUUCGUGGUGGAAACCAAGCCAAAACCAGCAUUUUCGAGGUCACCGAGGCAUGAACGAUGUGUCUAGCGUUUGGGAGAGCAUCAGGGAGGAGCAAGAGUCCGCUGUGGACGCUGUGGACGCGGUGAGCGACAGUUUUGACGGCUACGACGACGACGACGAUCUUGAGUCCCUCAGCUCGCUGGACUACCACGAAAACCUGCUUUCCGCGCAGCAGCAGUGGCAGGAGUCGCUCGAACAGCUCAGCCAGGUGUUCAAUUGGGUCCUGCUGCCUCUGGUUGGCAAAUACCUGGGACGUCGCACGGCUCUGGCCGCGUGGAAACGCGUUCUCCAGUACGUGUGGAGGACGAGCUAG